CUUACAGCUCAUCGAUUCGCUGUUGUUGGUCUCUGCAAUUUCUCUCUCUAGUUCGUUUCUUUCCUCUCAAAACUCUUUCUGCAGAUAUCUGCCCGUUCAAUCAUGGAGAUGGAGCGUGUGAUCGAGUUUCCUCAUGCGCAUAUGGAUCGUCGACCCAGGAAAAGGCAACGUCUUGGCUGGGACGUCGCUCCGUUGGUCCCAAAGGCUCAGCUAGGAAUCUUAUGUGAACAAGAGGUUGUGGAUGUGGCAAGCUUUACCUCCUCAAAGUCAUCCUCAGACCAUACUAGUACUUUCUUUGUUAAGGGAUUGGCUGGAAAUGUUUCCCCUCCAUGGCGAAGUGACGACAAAGAGGGACAUUACAUGUUUGAGCUGGGCGAAAAUUUAACUUCUCGCUAUAAAAUUCAAAGUAAGAUGGGUGAAGGAACAUUUGGCCAGGUUUUAGAAUGUUGGGACAGAGAAAAUAAAGAAAUGGUUGCCAUCAAAAUUGUUCGCGGAAUUAAAAAAUAUCGCGAUGCAGCUAUGAUAGAAGUUGAUAUGCUGCAACAGCUUGGUAAACACGAUAAGGGAGGCAACCGUUGUGUGCAAAUACGGAACUGGUUUGACUAUCGUAACCAUAUAUGUAUUGUCUUUGAGAAGCUUGGACCCAGUUUAUACGAUUUUCUACGCAAAAAUAGUUACCGCUCAUUCCCCAUUGAUCUUGUUCGAGAGAUUGGAAGACAACUGUUGGAAUGUGUAGCAUUUAUGCAUGAUUUACGCCUUAUACAUACUGAUUUGAAGCCUGAGAAUAUUCUUCUAGUUUCUUCGGAGUAUGUUAAAGUUCCUGACUUCAAGACUUCCUCUCGAUUACCUAAAGAUGGUUCUUACUUCAAGAGAGUUCCAAAGUCAAGCGCCAUCAAGGUAAUUGAUUUUGGAAGCACAACUUACGAGCGCCAGAAUCAGAACUACAUAGUAUCCACUCGUCAUUACCGUGCCCCUGAGGUCAUAUUAGGCCUUGGAUGGAGCUUUCCUUGUGAUAUCUGGAGUAUUGGCUGCAUCCUAGUGGAAUUAUGCUCGGGUGAAGCUCUAUUUCAUACCCAUGAAAAUUUGGAGCAUCUUGCUAUGAUGGAGAGGGUCCUUGGGCCAAUUCCCCAGCAUAUGCUGAAGAGAGCAGACCGGAAUGCUGAGAAGUAUGUGAGAAGAGGACGGUUAGACUGGCCAGAGGGUGCAGCUUCAAGGGAGAGUAUUAGGGCUGUACAGAAGCUUCUGCGGCUUCAGAAUCUGGUUAUGCAACAUGUAGAUCAUUCUGCUGGUGAGUUGAUAAAUUUGGUUCAAGGACUUGUAAGAUACGAUCCAUCGGAAAGAAUGACUGCUCGACAAGCUCUGGCUCAUCCGUUCUUCACCAGGGACCAUUUGAGAAGGUUGUGACUGAUGGAACCCAGGCCAUGGAUGGAGAAUUUAUUUAUUUUCUUAAAUUGUUGCUGAUGCUGAUGCGAAACCACAAGGGUCCACAGCUUGUGGGUUCUUGAAGGUUGACAUCCAUUUAUGUGUUGUAAAUGUAUAUAAUAGUUUAAUUCGAUUUUUCCAAAUUGUAGUGAUAUUUCUAUACAAAGAUUCAGAUAUUUUUUCUCUACUGUGAAAACUGUAAAAUUAACCUUUUUUACCAGACCCCUUACAUAGUAAGAUUUGCUCAGGUGAUCAUAGUUUUGAUGAUGCUUU